AUGAAUACAGUACAACCUGCCUCGAAAGUUUACAAUGGCAACGGCGCUAAGGAUACAUCUGUGUGGAAGGCAUUGGCAAAGGUUCACCGUUGGCUAGCCGUACUUCCGAACCCGGAUUGCAGCUACAUCUUUCUGUCAGAAGCUAGCUAUGCUACGCCAAAUGACUCUGAAUUGGUCAUUAACAAGAUCAAGAGCAUAUCAGAUUGCCAGGACUAUGUCAUUCCAGGAAGCCAGCCGCUUGCUUCGCCACUGUGGCUAGGCCGCAAGGUUCUGAUUUGGAGUGUCACGUGUGCUGGGACAACUCAGCUCUGGUGUAUAGACAUGGAAGAGGAUUCACCCAGGUCCGUCAUCUCUGUUUACCAUUAUCUUGUUUCGUACUGA